AUGUGCGGUGACGAAGCUGCUUUAUGCGAAGCCUACCAGCGUUGUACGAUCUGCUGCUGGAACAAGCAGGCCAUUCCCUGUACAAGUAGAGGUUCAUCAGGGUUCAUCCUUCUCACCCCUGCUGUUCACACUGUGCAUAGACACGAUAACGAAGGAAAUCCGUGGACCCUACUCUUUGCCGAUGAUGUCACGCUCGCGUCGGAGUCUCGAGGUGAUCUUCAGAAACAAGUACAGUCUUGGAAGGAUCGGCUGCAGCAAUAUGGAUUGCGCCUUAACACAUCAAAAACUGAGUACAUGGAGUGGGGACCAAGGAUAGAGGAUGGUUCAAUUCGUGUCGAUGGCGCCGAAUUAAACAAGAUGAACUGUUUCAAGUACCUUGGAUCCAAAGUGACUUCCACAGGCGACAUUGAUCAGGAAGGUCGAGCACGCGUUAAAAAAAAAAAAAGAAAAAGGGGAAUUUUGGAAAAAAAAAUCCCUGUUCGACCGAAGUAG